AUGGGUGUCACCAAGCAACUUAUCCAGGAGGGCAACAAGUCCGACUACCCCAAGAACGGCGACAAUGUCACCAUGGAGUACACCGGCUGGUUGGCUGAGGCCGACGGCAAGUCCAAGGGCAAGCAAUUCGACUCCUCGGUCGGCCGUGGCGACUUUGACGUCCCCAUUGGUACCGGCAGAGUCAUCAAGGGCUGGGACGAGGGUAUUGUCGGUACCAGCGAACAAGAGGGCAUGUCUCUCGGCGAGAAGUCUACCCUGAUCAUCACCCACGACUACGGUUACGGUGCACGUGGCUUCCCCGGCGCCAUCCCCGGCGGGGCCACUCUCAUCUUCGAUGUCACCCUCAAGGCCAUCAACGGCAAGAGGGCUUAA